AUGCUUGACGGAGCAAAUUUCAACGUCAUGGCUACUGGGAAUCACCACAACAACGACAACGACUACUAUGCUUUCACUCAAGUGUUCUAUCAAAAGCUCAACGAAGGCUCCAACAUGUCAAUGGAGAGUAUGCAGACGAGCAACGCUGGAGGCUCUGUGUCAAUGUCUGUGGACAACAGCAGCGUUGGCUCCACCGACGCUCUUAUCGGCCACCAUGGUUUGAAUCCAAUGCAUGGCGGCGGCUACUCCUUCUCUGUUGGCCAAAGUGUGUUUCGUCCCCGGAAAGUUACACACGCUCUGAACGAUGAUGCCUUAGCUCAAGCACUGAUGGACAGUAGGUAUCCAACUGAAGGACUGGCCAACUAUGAAGAGUGGACUAUUGAUCUGAGGAAUCUCUACAUGAGACCUCCUUUUUCUCAAGGAGAUUUUGGGAAGCUGUACAAAGGGAUUUACAAUGGAGAGGAUGUAGCUACAACAUCCUUGAGAGGCCUGAGAACAGUCUUGAGAAGGCACAGUUCAUGGAGCAACAGUUUCAGCAAGAAGUGA